AUGGAGGCUGCUAUGGAGGUAGCACGACUUGUGCUGCGUCAAGACGACGGUUCUGCUACUGAAGAAGCGCCUGCGCCAGCUUGUGAAACCCAGAACUCAUACGACGGUCGUAUGGGUGUCCGCAUCUCCGCCAUCUUCGUCAUCAUGGCUGGAUCUCUCUUCGGUAAGCAAUAUCCCCGAAGCGACUCCAAACUGGUACCAUCGUGGGUAUUUUUUGGUGCCAAGUACUUUGGAUCUGGUGUCAUUAUCGCCACAGCUUUCAUUCAUCUUCUCGCGCCUGCAAAUGAGGCACUGGGCGCCGAAUGCCUUACCGGAGUCAUCAAGAAGUACCCAUGGCCCGAAGGCAUCGCCCUCAUGACCAUCUUCGCCAUGUUCUUCCUCGAGCUCAUGGUAAUGCGCUAUGGCGACUUUGGAGGUGACCAUGACCACUCGCAUGGUGCUAGCCAUAGCCACAGCGACGAAAUGAGCAUGGAAGAGCGUAAGAGGACCCCUGAAGACGUCGAGGGCCACGCUGCCGACCCCAACCUCCGCGGUGAAGACCACCUCGGCCAUCAGCGCGAUCACGUCGCCAACGAACAGAUCGGCAGCGACUGGCAGGUUCAGCAGAUUAUUCCGGAGACGUACGCGGCGCAACUCACUGCCGUCUUCAUCCUCGAAUUCGGUGUCAUCUUCCACUCCAUCUUCAUCGGUCUGACGCUUGCCGUCUCGGGCGAGGAAUUCAUCACGCUCUACAUCGUCCUCGUGUUCCACCAGACAUUCGAAGGUCUCGGUCUGGGCGCUCGUCUGGCAGAGGUACCUUGGCCAAAGUCUAAGCGAUGGACGCCAUAUCUGCUUGGUCUGGGCUACGGCUUGUCGACGCCGAUUGCCAUCGCCAUCGGUCUCGGUGUGCGCCAGAGCUUUUCGCCUGAAGGCCGCACGAACUUGCUGGUCAAUGGUAUUUUUGAUUCCAUCUCCGCUGGCAUCCUCAUCUACACGGGCUUGGUUGAGUUGAUGGCGCACGAGUUCAUGUUCAGCCCGUAUAUGCAGAAGGGUCCGGUCAGCAAGACGAUUAAUGCGUUUACGCUGAUGACGCUUGGUGCUGGCCUGAUGGCACUUCUUGGAUACUGGGCUUAG